CGGGGCUUGUACUUGGCAGUCCAAAGGUCCCGCUCUGGUAUGCACUGUAAAGUCAGCAGAGUGAGCGAAUGCGUUGUCUUUUUGCCAACACACACGCACUCACACAUGUGUCUGAUGUGUAACAGUGCUGCACGGCACGGCCGAAACUUUACACGGGGACUAUAAAACAAAGGAUGGAUGUUGUUAUUUGGCUUCACUGAUCGGUAACCAGGCUCAGCGGUCACGUGACGGCGACUGUCAAGCCUACAACAGCUCUCAGGGUCAGCUCAGGUCUUCCGCGCGUGCACAUCAGCGGGUGGAGUUGCUAACAGAUGACAGUGGCAAACAUUGAUAGGUCUACAGGGGCCCAUUUGUUACUCAGUGCUGGUUUAAAUCAUGUAAAGGGUCGUGGGUAAUCCUCUUAUAUACAGUCUAUGAGUAAUCCUAAAUAAAUAUGAGGAAUUGAGUCGAUAACAGAAGCUGAAAGAAGCAGACCUGCUGCAGCCAAAGGCGGGAAUGAAAGAUGCCUGCUGUUUGUGUUCACAAGCUGAGCAACGUCAGUGACCCUCAGAAAUGUAUAAGUUUGUUUACUUACAAAGAAAUGAGCAGUCUCUAAUUUUAAUGGAAGCUUCAUUUUAAUAGAGCGAGACAGAAUGUCAACCAAAGAUCUAGAAAAAGAUCACAUCGCAUUAUAAAUUAUAAAUUAAUUUGGACGUCAGUGGACGGGGCCAUGCACCAUAAUAUCUUGGACUAAAACCUCCUUUUCCCAGCAAGAACACUGAAGAUGGGUCGUCCAGCAUAAAAAUGACCCAAAACAUACCACCAAGCACAUUGAGGUCAUUGAGGGGAAACUCUCAUUUCUUUGGAAGUGAGCAAACUUUCAAAUUCAGCUGGGGAUCAGAUAAUUGUUUCCCCCUGUGUAAAUCAUGGCUACAUCUGCAAGGCAUGUACAGCGUCGUCAUAUCGAGGUUGUGGGAAAUCUUGAACACUCCUCAUAGCAUCAUGUCUGAGUUGAGCGGGAGGGUCCAGACCGUGCUGGGUUUAGUAGAUCCAGACCAGCUUGGCCGUACUAUGACCCACGAGCACCUGACCAUGAGCUUCGAGUGCUGCUUCUCGCCCCCUCCCCCAGGUGAUGAGGCAGUGGCAGAGAACCCGUUUCAGAUGCAGCACAUGUUCUGGCUCAGGCAAAACCCGUACAGCUCCCCCGAGAACCUGCUCCUGAAGCAGGAGACCGCUGCUGUGCGGGACGAGCUGCUGGCCUACAGGAGAGCCGGCGGGGGAACGAUAGUGGAGAACACCACCACUGGAAUCGAACGGGACCUUCCCACCCUCCGACAGCUGGCCAAGGACACCGGGGUCCACAUCAUUGCAGGUGCAGGCUACUACGUGGACUGCACCCACUCUGAGGCCACCAAAGGAAUGAGUGUGGAGAAGCUUACAGACAUCAUCAUCAGUGAGGUCCUUCACGGCGCUGACGGCACAGACAUCCGUUGCGGUGUGAUCGGUGAGAUCGGCACCAGCUGGCCCAUCACGGAGAGCGAGACUAAGGUGCUGCGAGCCUCGGCGCACGCUCAGGCUCAGCUGGGCUGUCCUGUUAUCAUCCAUCCUGGCAGGGAUCACGCCGCUCCAGCUGAGAUCGUUCGGAUACUCCAGGAGGCCGGGGGUGACAUCAGCAAAACUGUUAUGUCUCACCUAGACAGGACGCUAUUGGAUGAAGGUGAGCUGCUGGAGUUUGCUAAGUUGGGGAGUUACCUGGAGUAUGAUCUGUUUGGAACUGAGAUGCUGAACUAUCCGUACAACCUGGACGUGGACAUGCCCAGCGAUAGCCAGAGAGUCAAAGCCCUGGCGUUUCUGGUGAAGGAGGGCUAUGAGGACAAGAUCGUGAUCGCUCAUGACAUCCACACCAAGAACCGCCUGACCAAGUACGGCGGCCACGGCUACUCUCACAUCCUGAAGAACAUCGUGCCAAAGAUGCUGACGAGGGGCAUAUCGCAGCACCAGGUGGACAAGAUCCUUAUCGACAAUCCUAAAUGCUGGUUGACCUUCAAAUAAUUAAAAAAAUAGAGGCGCGAGGAGGGCGAAUUCACCCGGCUAUUAUUCGUCUUCUGAUGACGACUCGUAAUGAAUACUGAUCACGAUCCGGAGUCAUGCAUUAAUGUGUUCUUGGGCUCAUAUAGCAACGGGCUUGCCACCGUUGUAUGUAAAUUUUUCUUUAAUUUCACCGUUUUCAGCAAAACAAAACGUCCAUUAUAUUUCAAAGGAAAAUAAUUACAGGCUUUUGGAUUUUUAUAGAGGCUCUUUUAGUGCAAAACAUGUUCUCUUUGUUUAAAUAUUUGUGAUUAUACAUGAUUCACUUUGUAAGCAAAUUAAUAAAGGAGGCCUUGCAGGGUCACGGUGCCUGUUAUGGCACGAGAAAAUC